AUGGACGUUGCACUAGCCUGUUUCAAAAGGUCAGACGCUCCGCCUGGAAAAUUGGCACAUCAUAAAACGGAGUCAUAUAAAUCCAAUACAAUAACGAUAUUCAACUUACCAACAUUCAUUAAACCAAAGCAACUCAAAGAUGUAUUUGAAUCUUUAUUUGAAACAACUGUAAAAGAAGUUGAAAUACCAUUAGAUAUAUCAGAUCACUCGUUUGGUAUUGCCUUUCUUGCCUUUGAAGAUUCACGAUUGAAACAAAAAUGA